AUGGCGAGCUUCAAAAUUACAAUCAACAACAAGUCCAACAACGACCGCGCGUUUCUGCUUUUCCAGGAUAUGCCGGUCCCAAGCAAUCUCAAUCAAAAGAAUGUAUUCGCCAACAUUUACCAGCGUUCUCCUACCAUCAAUGGCAAGGGUGCUGCCCACACCGACUUCACCAUGAAGCAGCAGUAUUUUGCCAUUUAUGGUACCUCUCAGACAACUGCAAAUGGAGCCAUCCGUGUUGACACUGGCGACUCCGUCCCUGCCAAGCUUGGUCCCAACGGAACACUUGCUGUUGUCACCACUGUCGAUCACAAUGGGACGGACCCAACUUGGGAUCAGUCCCAGAUGGCUAACACGGCCCAAGCCAAGGGCGGCUUUGACCUUCGCGCCGACAACACCUUCAAGUUCCCCAAUCCCAAUGAAAUCUACAUCGGUUGCGGCGCCCCAGACCCGAAGACUGGCGAAGUGAUUCCUAUUCAGACCUGGCUCGCCCAGCCAGGUGUCACUAGCCAGAUCUUUCCCAGGGUCAUAUACUACAUUGCCUUCGGUAAUUUCGAACCAGGUGUUGUUGUGGACAGGAACACAAUCGGCCAAGUUCUGAAGGUGGACUUCAGCGGCGCAGCUAUCCCAAACGCCACCUUCACUCUCACUAACAACGGCACUUACGUACCUGAUGACAAGGUUGAGUCGAACGGCGUCCACUGGAGCUUCGGAAACAUUGACGGGGUUUAA